AUGAUGGCAUCAAAGAUUUUGUUUAUCUGCGCUCUUGUGCUAGCUGCCAUGAUUAGCACAACCAUAGCUCAAGGUGGCUUCGGCAGUAGCAAGGGUGGAUUUGAUGGACGGGGUGGGCGUGGGCAGGGUGGUUUCGGUGGUCAAGGUGGUUUCGGCGGUCAGAGCGGGCGUGGCCAGGGUGGAUUUGGUGGACAGGGUGGGCGUGGCCAGGGUGGUUUCGGUGGUCAGGGCGGGCGUGACCAGGGUGGUUUUGGCGGUCAAGGAGGAUUCGGUGGCAACCAAGGUGGUUUUGGUGGUCAAAGAGGAUUCGGUGGCAACCAAGGUGGUUUUGGUGGUCAAAGAGGAUUCGGUAGCAACCAAGGAGGUUUUGGUAGACAAGGUGGCUUCGGUAGGAAUUAA